GGCGGGCGGGCGGCAUGCUGCUGCUGCUGGCGUCCGGCUGCGCCCGGGGCCUGGGGGCUGGCGGGGGCGCGCGGGGGCUGCGCUCCAGCCGCUUGGGGCGCGGCGCGCGUCCUGCCGCGGGACUCUGCGACCCUGGCCGCAGCCCCAGCCACCAGGCCUCUGACGGCCCCCGGAACCAGCCCCCCAGCGGUGACGUCGUGGCCCGGCCGGUGGGCGUCUGCUCCAUGAUGCGGCUGCCCGUGCAGGCUUCCCCCGAGGGGCUGGACGCCGCCUUCGUCGGGGUGCCCCUGGACAUUGGGACCUCCAACCGGCCCGGGGCGAGAUUUGGACCCCGCCGGAUCCGGGAGGAGUCAGUGCUGCUCCGGAUAGCCAACCCCAGCACGGGGGCCCUCCCCUUCCAGUCCCUCAUGGUUGCAGACCUAGGAGAUGUGAAUGUCAAUCUCUACAACCUUCAGGACAGCUGCCGCCUAAUUCAAGAGGCCUAUCAGAAAAUUAUAGCAGCUGGCUGUAUUCCUCUGACCUUGGGUGGAGAUCACACAAUCACAUAUCCUAUAUUGCAAGCGAUGGCAAAAAAGCAUGGCCCUGUGGGGCUGCUCCAUGUGGACGCUCACAUGGACACGGCCGACAAGGCCCUAGGAGAGAAGCUUUAUCACGGGACACCCUUCCGCCGGUGCGUGGACGAGGGACUCCUGGACUGUAAGCGCGUGGUGCAGAUCGGCAUCCGGGGCUCUUCCAUGACCUUGGAUCCCUACAGAUACAGCCGGAGCCAGGGCUUCCGGGUGGUCCUGGCUGAAGACUGCUGGAUGAAGUCGCUCGUUCCUCUGAUGGGGGAAGUGAGGCAGCAGAUGGGAGGCAAACCCAUGUAUAUCAGCUUUGAUAUCGAUGGCUUGGAUCCCGCCUAUGCCCCGGGGACAGGGACCCCCGAAAUUGCUGGUCUCACCCCCAGUCAGGCUCUGGAGAUCAUCCGGGGUUGUCAAGGCCUGAACGUGGUGGGUUGUGAUCUUGUGGAAGUUUCACCGCCAUACGAUCCUUUCGGAAACACGGCCCUCCUGGCGGCUAACCUGCUGUUUGAGAUGCUGUGUGUGCUCCCCAAAGUGACAACUGUCUGAAUCUCGUGUUCUUCAAGAUAAAACAACAGAGUGCGUCGAUGACAAAUCCUCAGGAAGAAUUUAUGAGCAAGCAGUCUGACUACUAAAGAGUUGAUGCCAAGAAAACUUUCUGCUAAAAGUGUCA